CGCAUCACAUAUUACAGAAACCAAUAUUGAGUUGCCACUAAUUAAAAAAGUCAAAGUCAAAUAAACAAGAUCUACAUGAAGGACUUACCCAUGGACUGCUCUAUAACUGUAACGACUCUCCCUACUCUAGUGUAUUCCAGUCAGUCACUACCUUCCAUUCAAAAGUAUCUCGCAUAGUUCAGAUUGAAGAUUCCAAUAAAGAAAAAGAAAAAGAACAGGGAAGAUGUUGGAGGAUCAAGUGGCGUACCUCUUGCAGAGGUAUUUGGGGAACUAUGUCAGAGGUCUCAAUAAAGAAGCUCUUACGAUCAGUGUUUGGAAAGGUGAUGUUGAGCUAACUAACAUGCAACUGAAGCCUGAGGCACUUAAUGCAUUAAAGCUGCCAGUGAAGGUCAAGGCAGGAUUUCUUGGAUCAGUUAAACUUAAGGUUCCAUGGAGUAGGCUCGGCCAGGAUCCAGUUUUGGUUUACUUGGAUCAAAUUUUUCUAUUAGCUGAACCUGCAACUUUUGUUGAAGGGUGUAGUGAGGAUGCUAUCCAAGAAGCUAAGAAAAACCGAGUACGGGAAAUGGAAAUGAAGCUGUUGGAGAGAAUGCAUCAUUUGAAGUCUGAAAUGAAUAAAUCAUGGUUGGGAUCCCUUAUCAGCACAAUAAUUGGUAACUUGAAGCUCUCAAUAUCAAAUAUUCACAUCAGAUAUGAGGAUCUUGAGAGCAAUCCUGGCCAUCCUUUUGCUGCUGGCCUUACAUUGGAGAAACUCUCAGCUGUAACAGUUGAUGACAGCGGGAAGGAGACUUUUGUUACCGGUGGUGCACUGGAUCGUAUACAGAAGUCAGUUGAACUGGAUCGACUUGCUUUGUAUCUGGACUCUGAUAUAUUACCGUGGCAUAUCGAUAAGCUGUGGGAGGAUUUACUUCCUUCUGAGUGGAUUCAGGUUUUCAGAUUCGGUACAAAAGAUGGCAGACCAGCUGAUCAUCCUAUAGAAGAGCACGCCUACAUCCUACAACCUGUAACUGGGAAUGCAAAGUACUCAAAGCUUCGACAAAAUGGAUCUUCUGACAGUGGUGAACCUCUCCAAAAAGGAGCAGUGAGCUUGGAUGAUGUGACCCUUUGUUUGUCAAAGGAUGGAUACAGGGAUAUUCUGAAAUUGGCUGACAACUUCACCGCCUUCAAUCAGAGACUAAAAUAUGCCCAUUACCGUCCAACUGUCUCUUUGAAGUCAGAUCCAAGGUCUUGGUGGAAGUAUGCUUAUAAAGCUGUUUCUGAUCAGAUGAAGAAGGCUAGUGGGAAACUGUCGUGGGAGCAAGUUUUGAGAUAUACAAGGCUGCAGAAGAAAUACAUAUCUCUAUAUGCAUCCCUACUUAAAUCUGAUGUGAAUCGUCCAGUAGUUGAUGAUUGUAAAGAAAUUGAGGAGCUUGAUCGUGGACUUGAUAUAGAACUUAUACUGCAGUGGAGAAUGUUGGCACACAAGUUCGUGCGGCGGUCAAUAGAAUCAGAAAACUACUUGAAGCAGCAGAAAGCUAAAAAAUCAUGGUGGUCGUUGGGAUGGGCCAGUCAAUCUCUUAAAGAUGAUGGUGAAUCAUUCAGUUUCAGUGAAGAGGACUGGGAGAAAUUAAACAAAAUUAUAGGGUAUAAGGAAGAUGAUGAUCAGUCACUUAUGAUUAAUGCAAAACCUGAUAUUCUUCAGACUUCUCUGGAAAUUCACAUGAAACGUAAUGCUUCAAAGCUUCUAGAUGGGGCCUGUGCAUGUCUUGCUGAAUUAUCAUGUGAGGGCCUCAAUUGCUCCAUUAAGCUUUAUCCAGAGACAAAAGUAUUUGACGUGAAUCUGGGAUCAUAUCAAUUAUCAUCUCCCAAUGGUCUUCUUGCUGAGAGUGCAACUACAUCUGACUCUUUAGUUGGUGUCUUCUGCUACAAGCCAUUUGAUACCAAAGUAGAAUGGAGCCUGGUUGCUAAAGCCUCUCCAUGUUAUGCGACUUUUCUCAAGGAAUCCAUUGACGAAGUUAUCAAUUUUUUUGAAAGCAAUAUAGCUGUCAGUCAGACCAUGGCAGUGGAAACUGCAACAGCAGUACAGAUGACAAUUGAUGGAGUCAGACGGUCUGCUCAGCAACAAGUGAACAAGGCUUUGAAGGACCAUGCCAGGUUUCUGCUAGACUUGGAUAUUGCAGCUCCUAAGAUUACGAUUCCAACUGAAUUUCGACCCAACAGCAAGCAUUCAACAAAACUUCUUCUUGAUUUGGGAAAUUUGAUCAUCCGUUCACAGGAUGACUAUACACGUGCAUCUUCAGAGGUGCUUGAUUUGUAUUUGCAGUUUGAUUUGGUUUUAAGUGAUGUUUCUGCUUUUCUGGUUGAUGGUGAUUACCAUUGGAGUCAAACGUUUCCAAAGAAGUCCGCAGGUUCUACCAAUGUUGACGUUGUUAGUUUCUUGCCUGUUAUUGAAAAAUGUGGGGUAAUCUUGAAACUUCAGCAGAUUCGCUUAGAGAACCCAUCAUACCCAUCAACAAGACUUGCUGUGCAGUUACCAUCAUUAGGUUUCCACUUCUCUCCUGCUCGGUACCAUAGAUUGAUGCAAGUAAUUAAAAUCUUUCGGGAGGAGGACAAAGACAAUCCAGAUAUCUUUCGUCCUUGGAAUCAAGCUGACUUUGAGGGUUGGUUGUUUGUUCUUAGUAGGAAGGGUGUGGGAAACAGGGAAGCUGUUUGGCAGCGGAGAUACUUGUGCUUAGUAGGGCCUUUUCUGUAUGUACUUGAAACUCCUGGUUCUAAGUCAUACAAACAGUAUGUCAGUUUGAGAGGAAAACAAGUGUAUCUAGUUCCAACAGAGUUGGCUGGUGAUAUGGAAUCUGUGCUGGCUGUUUGUGAUGCUGCAUGGUCAAAUAGCAAGGUGGUGGAAGAUGUGAAUGCACUUAUAUUGCAGUGUGAUGAUGAUGAUUCAAGGAAAGCAUGGCAAAGACGCCUGCAAGGAGCUAUUUAUCAUGCUUCAGCUUCUGCGCCUAUUACUAGUCUAUCUGAAACUUCAUCAGACUCGGAAACAGAACCUAAUGACAAGCAUGAUACAGUUGAUUUAGCAAAGAUAGAAAGUGUUUUUAUAACUGGAGUUCUUGAUGAGUUGAAGAUCAGCUUUAGUUAUAACCAUGAGCAUGAGUGGAGUUUCAUUAAGGUGCUUCUUGCUGAAGAGUAUCCUCUAUUUGAAUUCCGAGCAAUAGGUGGUCAGGUUGAACUUUCAAUAAAAGGGAAUGAUAUGUUUAUUGGCACUAUGCUGAAAUCACUGGAAAUCGAAGAUAUGAUUUGCUGCAGUACUGUGUCUAAGCCUUGCUACUUGGCAAGAUCUUUUAUACGAAGUGCAGAUGCACAUUCAGUAUUGGAGGAUGCAUCCAUUAUGUUGUCCCCAAGUGAAGGAGACGAAAAAUUUUAUGAAGCCCCUGAAAAUUUGGUUGAUUCUGUUGAGAGCACAACACCCACACCUCGUAAAGCAUCUGAAUUAGUUAGUUUGCAAGGAUUUCUCUCAUCAGGGAAAACCUCGUUACCGACUCAGAGUUUUAGUCGUGUUACUGGUUUACUCCCUGAUGGCAAACUGCUUCCGAGAACUGAGGAUAUUGAACUAAGUGAUACAUUAAAUAGUUUUGUAAAGGCACAAAUAGUUAUUUAUGACCAGAACUCUCCCCUAUAUGACAAUAUUGACAUGAAGGUCACUGUGACUCUGGCUACUUUGUCUUUUUUCUGUCGUAGACCAACAAUCCUUGCUAUUAUGGAAUUUGCUAGUUCUAUCACCAUUGAGGAAGAAAGCUGUGAGUCUUUUAGUGAUAGUUCUUCUGCAGUUGGUGUGAAACGUGAUAUUUCUAGUGAAGAUCCUACUGACAAUUUACAGUCAACUAGCAUUGAGGAGCCUGUGGUCAAAGGUCUGCUAGGAAAAGGGAAAUCCAGAAUUAUUUUCAAUUUAACAUUAAAUAUGGCUCAUGCUCAGAUUUUGUUGAUGAAUGAAAAUGAAACCAAGUUUGCUACUUUGUCGCAAGAAAAUCUGCGUACUGAUAUAAAGGUGUUCCCAUCUUCUUUUAGUAUCAAUGCAGCAUUGGGAAACUUGAGAAUAAGUGAUGACAGCCUCCCAAGCAACCAUAUGUAUUUCUGGAUCUGUGAUAUGAGAGAUCCUGGAGGCACAUCAUUUGUUGAGCUGGUUUUCACUUCAUUCAGCAUUGAUGAUGAAGAUUACGAAGGUUUUGAAUAUAGCCUGUUUGGCCAACUUUCCGAAGUACGCAUUGUUUACUUGAAUCGCUUUGUGCAGGAGGUUAUCAGUUACUUUAUGGGUCUUGUUCCCAAGGAUUCAAAAAGUGUAGUCAAAUUGAAAGAUCAAGGUACGAACUCAGAGAAGUGGUUCACGACUAGUGAAAUUGAAGGGUCACCUGCCUUAAGGUUGGAUCUUUCACUUAGGAAACCUAUAAUUCUGAUGCCUCGCAAGACAGACAGCUUCGAUUAUUUGAAGCUUGAUGUUGUUCAUAUUACGGUGCAGAAUACCUUCCAUUGGUUCUGUGGCAGUAAAAGUGACUUGAAUGCUGUCCAUUUUGAAAUAAUGACAAUUAUGGUUGAGGACAUCAAUUUAAAUGUUGGUACUGAAUCAGACUUAAGUGAAAGUAUUAUUAAGGAUGUCAAAGGUGUUUCUAUUGUCAUCCGGAGGUCCCUUCGAGACUUAAUGCAUCAAAUACCAAGUAUUGAAGCUGACAUCAAGAUAGAGGAGUUGAAAGCAGAGUUGUCAAACAGGGAGUAUAUGAUUAUUACUGAGUGUGCACUGUCUAAUAUAUCUGAGACACCACAUAUUGUACCACCAAUAGGCAGCGACUUUGUAACAUCAUCAGAGGAUGUUGUAGAAGAUGUUAUUCCUCAGACUACUGCAGAUGUUGAGCCUAGGACUCCAAAUGAUGAAACUUGGACUGCCAUGAAAGUUUCAGUUGUCAUCAAUCUUGUUGAAAUGGGCUUAUAUGUUGGGGAGGAAUGGCGUUCACCUCUGGCCACUGUGCAGGCAAGUGGCACCUGGCUUCUCUACAUGUCUAAUACUUUAGGUGAAGGUUUUCUGUCUGCAAGUCUUAAGGGUUUCACUGUGAUUGAUAAUCGUGUGGGAACUAAGGAAGAGUUCAAGUUGGCAAUAGCGAUGCCGAAAAACCCUGUAGUUUCUGUUGCUAAUACCAAUGGCCAGCUCAUAUCUAAUGAAAAUGUUACAAAAGGGAAUAAUAUCAAACCAUUUCCUACGAUGCUACUUCUUGAUGCAAAAUUUGGUCAAUCGUCAACAUCUGUCUCAAUUUGUGUCCAGAAGCCUCAGUUGCUUGUAGCACUAGAUUUUCUGCUGGCACUUGUUGAGUUUUUUGUUCCAACAGUUGGCACUAUGCUGACAGAUGAAGAAGAUAAGAAGUCCUUGCAUAUGGUAGAUGCUAUUAUAUUAGAUAAAUCAACAUACACACAGCCAUUGUCUCAGUUCUCUCUCUGUCCUGUGAAACCCUUAAUUGCUGAUGAUGAAAAGUUUGAUCACUUUAUUUAUGAUGGUAAUGGUGGAAUAUUGCAUUUAAAAGAUAGGGAGGGAAUUGAUCUUUGUGCACCUAGUAGUGAGGCUAUGAUAUAUGUGGGGAAUGGGAAAAAGUUGCAAUUCAAGAAUGUUCUUAUCAAGAAUGGGCAUUAUUUAGAUUCGUGUAUUUCCCUGGGAACAAACAGUGGCUACUCUGCUUCAAAGGAUGAUCUGGUCUACUUUGAGGGAGGAGAGGAAGAUCCGCAAGUGGAUACUGCAAGGGAAAUUGCUAAUCAGCUUGCACCCCAAAAUGCUGCUGUUGACAGAUCUGCUGAGUUUAUAGUUGAAUUUCAGGCAAUUGGUCCAGAACUGACCUUUUACAAUGCAUCAAAAGAUGUAGGAGAAUCUUCAGUCUUGUCUAACAAGCUUUUGCAUGCUCAGUUGGAUGCUUUUGGAAGGCUUGUUCUGAAAGGUGAUAAUGUUGAGAUGACUGCAAAUGCCCUUGGCUUGACAAUGGAGAGUAAUGGAGUCAGAAUUUUGGAGCCUUUUGACACCACCAUUAAGUAUUCUAAUGCUUCUGGAAAGACAAAUAUACAUUUGUCUGUUUCAGACAUAUUCAUGAAUUUCUCAUUCAGCAUCCUUAGACUGUUUUUAGCAGUUGAAGAAGAUAUUUUGGCCUUUUUAAGGAGAACAUCAAGGGAAAUGACUGUCAAUUGUUCUCAGUUUGACAGAGUUGGAACAAUUAGAAAUCCCGACAGUGACCAGAUAUAUUCCUUUUGGAGAGCUUGUGCACCAGUUGGUUUUGCAGUUCUUGGUGACUGUUUGACACCAUUGGACAAACCACCUACAAAAGGAGUUCUUGCUGUAAAUACCAACUACGUGCCGGUCAAGAGACCGCUGUCUUUUAAACGAAUUUGGCCACCUUUAGAUUCUGGAGGUAUCUCUGAUGAAUGUGAAGUUAAUUCCAAGACAUCGUCAAAUGGUGUGCUUGGUGAGGGGGAAAGCUGCUGUUCUGUUUGGCUCCCAGAACCUCCUGAAGGUUAUGUUGCAUUAGGUUGUGUGGUUUCCCCUGGAAAGUUGCGACCAUCAUCAUCUUCUACUUUCUGCAUCUUAGAUUCUUUUGUUUCCCCUUGUUCCCUCAGGGACUGCAUCACCACCAGUGCUACCAACCGCCUGGCAUUUUGGCGCGUGGACAAUUCUCUUGGUACCUUCCUGCCAGCAGAACCCACUACUUUGAGGUUACUAGCUAGAGCAUAUGAAUUACGUUAUGGAAUUCUUAGGUCUCCUGAAUUUUAUCCGAAAGCAUCUAGAAGUUCAGAUAUCCAAGCUUCCGUAUCUGGUCGCGUCAGCAAUCAACAGUCAAAUCGUUCAACAGUUGCAAAUUCUGGCCGGCGUUUUGAAGCUGUUGCUAGUUUUAGGUUGGUUUGGUGGAAUAGAGGUUCAAGCUCAAGGAAGCAAAUAUCCAUAUGGCGCCCAGAGAUCCCCCUAGGAAUGGUGUAUUUUGGUGAUAUUGCUGUUCAAGGGUAUGAGCCUCCAAAUACAUGUAUUGUUUUGCAUGAUGCUGAAGAUGAAGAGCUUUUCAAAGCACCUUCAGGCUUUCAGCCAGUUGGACAGAUUAAGAAGCAGAGAGGAAUGGAGAAUAUUUCUUUUUGGUUGCCUCAAGCUCCUCCAGGUUAUGUUUCUUUAGGUUGCAUUGCAUGUAAGGGCCCACCAAAGCAACAAGAUAUUUGCACAUUAAGAUGCAUUCGGAGUGAUAUGGUAACUGGUGAUCAGUUUCUGGAAGAAAGUGUUUGGGACACAACAGAUGCCAAGUUUGGCACUGUACCAUUUAGCAUCUGGGUUGUUGCUAAUGAGUUGGGGACUUUUUUUGUCCGUGGUGGAUCCAGAAAACCCCCAAGGAGGUUUGCUUUAAAGCUGGCUGAUCCAUAUUUACACAGUGGUUCAGAUGAUACUGUCAUUGAUGCAGAAAUAACAACCUUUUCUGCAGCCCUUUUUGAUGACUAUGGUGGCCUGAUGGUGCCAUUGUUUAAUAUAUCAUUGAGUGGAAUUGCAUUCAGUUUACGGGGAAGACCUGAUUAUUCAAAUUCUAAUGUUAGCUUCUCUUUAGCUGCGAGGUCAUAUAAUGAUAAAUAUGAAUCAUGGGAGCCGAUUGUUGAGCCAAUGGAUGGGUUUUUAAGGUAUCAGUAUGAUCCUAGUUCCCCUGGUGCAGCUACUCAGUUACGUUUCACCUCCACAAGAGAUCUCAACUUGAAUAUCUCUGUGUCUAAUGCUAAUAUGAUUAUUCAAGCUUAUGCAAGCUGGAAUAAUCUUAGUGCUAUUCAUCAAUAUUAUAAAAGACCAGAAGCAUGUUCUCCAACCUCUGCAACAAGAUCAAUUGUUAAUGUCCACCAAAAGAGAAGUUAUUAUAUCAUCCCACAAAACAAACUUGGACAGGACAUUUAUGUUAGAGCCACUGAGAGGAGAGGGUUCUCAGAUAUUAUUAAAAUGCCAGCUGGCAACAUGAAGCCUAUAAAUGUUCCUGUAUCAAAAAGCAUGUUGGACUCUCACUUGAAAGGAGAGCUCUGCAGGAAAAUUAGAACAAUGGUGACAAUCAUUAUAGCAGAUGCAGUGUUACCCAGAGUUGAAGGGUUGAGUUCUCAUCAAUAUACUGUGGCUGUUCGCCUUUCUCCAAGCCAUAGCCUUCCAAGUGAAUCACUGCUUCAUCAACAAAGUGCACGGACAUGUGGACGUAUCUCAAGUAUCAUGUCUUCUGAUUCUGUUUUAGUUGACUGGAGUGAAAUGUUUUUCUUUAUAGUUGACUCCCCUGUACGUAAGAAAAAUAUUCAUAUUUCUUUAAUGAACCUUGUGCAUUUUUAUGCCCGCUUUUCCUUUUUUUGCAUAGUCCAUUACUAUGAUUUUGAAUUUGCACAGGACUCCUAUUCAUUGGAGCUAAUUGUUGCUGACGUGGGAAAAGGUGACGCCAUUGGAUUUUUUUCAGCUCCUUUGGACCAGAUAGCUGUGUACAUCCCAGAUGAUUCCCUUGAUUACACCAAUAGCUUAAUGUGGAGGGAUUUAUUCUUGCCACCUUCUAUGAAUAUUACUCAAGCAGAUAGGAGCAGCAAGAAGUCAAGUGGGAAAUUAAGAUGUGCUGUAAUUUUGCCUCCAAAAUUUAAUGUUGAUGAGACAAAUGAACCUUUUGUCGGUGGCAGAAAAUCUGGAUUCAUUCAGAUAAGUCCUAGCAUGGAGGGACCUUGGACUACUGUGCAACUCAACUAUGCAGCACCCACUGCUGGUUGGCACUUAGGCAAUGAUAUUGUAGCUGGCGAAGUUAGCGUAAAAGAUGGCAACAGAUAUGUAAAUAUUAGGUCACUGGUAUCUGUGCAUAAUAACACAGAUUUUACACUUGAUUUAUGUCUUGUAUCAAAAGCUUCCAGUGAGGCGGAGCAGCCGACUGAUGUAAGAAUGCCUGAAGGCAUUCAAUUUGAUGGUAGCAGAAUUCAGACAGAUGAGUUCUUUGAAACUGAAAAGUAUGAUCCAAAUAUUGGGUGGAUUGGCUGCAAUGUUCAACUGAAUCAAGAUCAGCCCUAUGGUGGAGGCUCCCAGCAGGCAGCAUUUGGAGUUGAAUUACCUUCUGGUUGGGAUUGGCUAGAUGAUUGGCAUCUGGAUACACCAUCUACUAGUACUGCUGGUGGAUGGGUUCAUGCUCCUGAUGUAGAAAGCCUAAAAUGGCCCGAGUCAGAUGACUCCAUAGCAUCCUUGAGUUCUGCGAGGCAAAGGAGAUGGAUCAGGAAUAGGAAACAAAUAUCGCUUGACGCAAAGGAAUUAUUUGUGGCCGAAUUGAAACCUGGUGAUACAGUGCCUCUUCCCUUGUCAGCCUUGAGCAAGUCUAGAUCAUUUGUUUUCCAGUUGCGACCUUCAAAUGUUGACGGUUCUAAUAAGUAUUCUUGGAGUUCAGUAGUUGGAAAGCCUGGUCAGCCGGAGGUUUCUGAAAAACCAAAGGGCACUUGUGAGAUAUAUGUAUCAGCUCUGACUGAGUCUGAGGAAUUGCUAUGCUGCACCCAGCUAGUCGAGAGCUCUUCUAAUGCUUCUUCACCUAAACUCUGGUUUUGUUUGGGCAUACAAGCAACAGAGAUUUCAAAAGACAUCCGUUCCGAUCCUAUCCUGGACUGGAGUCUUGUGAUCAAAUCCCCAUUAUCUAUCACCAAUUAUCUUCCUCUUACAGCUGAAUAUUCUAUCCUUGAGAUGCGACCUAGUGGUCAUUUCAUUGCCUGCUCCAGAGGAAUAUUUCACCCUGGAGGAACUGUAAAUAUUUACAAUGCUGAUAUAUGCAGGCCUUUAUUCUUCUCACUACUUCCACAGAGAGGAUGGCUACCAUUACGCGAAGCUGUUCUGAUAUCUCAUCCUCACGAAAUUCCAUCCAAAACAAUAAGCUUAAAAAGUUCUAUUUCUGGAAGGAUAGUUCAACUCGUUAUUGAACAGAAUUAUGACAAAGAACAAACAAUUUUGUCAAAAACAAUCAGAGUCUAUGCUCCUUACUGGUUUUCAGUUUCCAGAUGUCCACCACUUACAUCCAGGCUUGUUGAUAUCGGGGGGAAGAAAAGCACAAGGAAGAUUAGGUUUCCACUUCGUGCCAAAAAGGAAAAUGAAGGAAUCGAGGAAAUAACUGAUGAGGAAAUGUACAAUGGUCACACAAUUGCCUCUUCAUUGAACUUUGAUUUGUAUGGCCUCUGUGUAGCAGUUACGGGGCCUAGCAAUGAGCACUUUGGACCUGUUAAAGAUCUUUCUCCCCUUAGUGACAUGGAUGGCUCUUUGGAUCUCUAUGCUUAUAAUGCUGAUGGCAGAUGUAUGCACCUUUUUGUUUCUGCAAAGCCCUGCCCCUAUCAAUCUGUCCCUACAAAGGUGAUCACUGUCCGACCAUACAUGACCUUUACAAAUAGAAUUGGUCAGGACUUAUACAUUAAGUUAAGCAAUGAAGAUGAGCCCAAUGUUCUAUGCGCAUCUGAUUCAAGAGUCUCCUUUGUACAUUAUAAGAACGAUGGAAUGGAGAAACUUCAGAUAAGACUAGAAGAUACAGAAUGGUCAUUUCCUGUUCAAAUAGUAAAAGAGGAUACUAUCUCAUUGGUUUUGAGGCGGCGUGAUGCUACAAGGACUUUUUUGAAUGUAGUAAUACGUGGGUAUGAAGAAGGAUCACGUUUUAUAGUUGUAUUCCGCCUUGGAUCAGCCAAAGGUCCUAUCAGGAUUGAGAACAGAACCACUGAAAAAACUAUAUGUAUUCGCCAAUCUGGAUUUGGUGAGAACACAUGGAUAAGUUUAGGAGCUCUUUCAACUACAAAUUUUUCCUGGGAAGAUCCAUACGGACAAAAGUUCAUUGAUGCUAAAAUCUAUGGAGAUUGCGAUAACCAAAUCUGGAAAAUCGAUUUGGAAAGGGCUGGGCAAUUUGCUGAAGGUGAAGGAGAAUUCGGAAUGCAGUUGCAUGUUUUUGAAAUAAGUAAUAUUAAAGUUGUUAGAUUCACAGAUGAUUGGACGUGGAAGUUAAGUUCACAUGAAGAUAGAAGGUCACUGACAGCUGCUGGAGAGCCACAGAUUGAUGUCACACCAAUAGAAAUCAUCAUUGAGUUAGGAGUUGUUGGGGUUUCUGUUGUGGACCACAUGCCAAGAGAGCUCUUGUACUUAUACCUGGACAGACUCUUCAUUUCAUAUUCUACAGGCUAUGAUGGUGGAACAACCAGCAGGUUCAAGCUCAUAUUGGGCUAUUUGCAGAUUGACAACCAGCUUCCUCUAACUUUAAUGCCAGUGCUAUUGGCACCUGAGCAGAUGAGUGAUAUUCAUCAUCCUGUAUUUAAGAUGACUAUCACAAUGCGAAAUGUGAACUCUGAUGGGGUUCAAGUGUAUCCAUAUGUCUAUAUACGGGUGACUGACAAGUCUUGGAGGCUUAAUGUUCAUGAGCCGAUCAUCUGGGCACUAGUUGAUUUCUAUAACAAUCUUCAGCUAGAUCACAUCCCCCAAAGUUCAAGUGUCACUCAAGUUGACCCAGAGAUACGUGUUGACCUCAUAGAUGUCUCAGAAGUAAGGUUGAAAGUUUCUUUGGAGACAGCACCAGCUCAGAGACCUCAAGGAGUUCUUGGUGUAUGGAGUCCUAUACUUUCUGCUAUCGGAAAUGCAUUUAAAAUUCAGGUGCAUCUGAGGAGGGUGAUGAGGAAAGACAGAUUCAUGCGGAGAAGUUCCAUACUUCCCGCAAUUGAAAACCGUAUUUGGAGAGACUUGAUUCAUAACCCUCUUCAUUUGUUAUUUUCAGUAGAUGUACUUGGUAUGACUAGUUCAACCUUGGCUUCUCUGAGUAAAGGAUUUGCAGAGCUUUCAACUGAUGGACAGUUUCUGCAAUUGCGCUCAAAGCAGGUAACAUCAAGGAGAAUCACUGGAGUAGGUGAUGGAAUUAUUCAAGGAACAGAAGCUCUUGCACAGGGUGUUGCUUUUGGGGUGUCUGGAAUUGUGAGGAAACCAGUGGAAAGUACCAGACAGAAUGGUUUCACGGGACUUGCUCAUGGAAUUGGGCGUGCUUGCCUAGGAUUCAUCGUUCAACCUGUCAGUGGAGCAUUAGAUUUCUUCUCAUUGACCGUCGGUGGAAUUGAAGCUAGUUGUUCCAAGUGUUUGGAGGCUUUGAAUAACAGAAGCACCUUCCAGAGAAUUAGAAACCCCCGAGCUAUUCAUUCUGAUGGUAUUCUUAGAGAGUACUCUGAGAAAGAAGCUGCUGGUCAGAUGGUCCUUUAUCUGGCAGAAGCAAGUCGACGUUUUGGCUGUACUGAAAUUUUUAAAGAGCCUUCUAAAUUUGCUUGGUCUGAUUAUUAUGAAGAGCAUUUUAUUGUACCAUACCAAAAGAUACUUUUGGUGACCAAUAAGCGAGUUACGCAAUUGCAGUGUUCAUCCUUCGACAAGAUGGAUAAAAAACCUUGCAAGAUCAUAUGGGAUGUGCCAUGGGAGGAGCUAAUGGCACUGGAGUUGGCAAAAGCAGGCAGUCAUCUGCCUUCUUGCCUGCUCCUGCAUCUUAAGAAUUUUAGGAGAUCAGAAGCUUUUGUUCGAGUCAUAAAAUGUAAUGUUGAAGAAGUUGAGGGAACAGAACCGCAAGCUGUUCAGAUCUGUUCAGUAGUGCGUAAGAUGUGGAGAAUGCAUCAAUCUGACCUGAAGAGCAUUGUGCCAAAGGUUCCUUCAAGCCAUAGGCUUCUACAUUUCUCUUGGAGUGAGACUGAUAAGAAAGCACCACAUGCCAUGAAGAAAUCCAUCAUUAAAUCAGGAGAGUUCUCUUCAUCAAGUUCUGGAUCUGAUGGAAUAAAAAUGAUCAAACACAGUAUGAACUUUUUGAAGAUAUGGAGCAGCGAGAGAGAAUUGAAAGGUCGAUGUACAUUAUGUAGAAAACAGGUAGCAGAUGAUGGUGGAGUAUGUAGCAUUUGGAGGCCCAUUUGUCCGGACGGGUAUGUGUCCAUUGGUGACAUAGCUCGUGUAGGGACUCAUCCUCCUAAUGUUGCUGCUGUUUACCGAAACAUUGACAAGCUAUUUGCACUUCCUGUAGGUUAUGACCUGGUAUGGAGGAAUUGUCUAGAUGACUACACCACACCGGUCUCUAUUUGGUAUCCGCGAGCACCUGAUGGAUUCUUCUCCCUGGGAUGUGUAGCUGUUGCGGGUUUUGAAGAGCCAGAAGCUGAUUUGGUACGUUGUGUGGCAGAAACAGUUGCAGAGGAGACAACAUUUGAGGAGCAGAAGGUAUGGUGUGCUCCAGAAUCAUAUCCGUGGGGUUGUCAUGUAUACCAAGUUCAAAGUGACGCACUUCAUUUUGUUGCUCUAAGAGAAACUAAGGAAGAAUCCAACUGGAAACCCUCAAGGGUUCGUGAUGAUUUCCAGUCUCCACGAUCAUCAGAAUCUCAGUGAAGUUUGGUAUUGGUCAAAAACAGAAUGUGAAGAAACUUGUUUGAUGUGCUAUGAUUCUGUAUCAUUAUAGAGUGAAAGUAUUCAUUUACCUUUUUAGGUUUUUGAAAACAUUAGAAUCUAAAAUUUUGGAAAAUAGCUCAUUUUGUCGGCCAA